AUGGAUGAAGGUAUCGCUAACAUAUCUCAAAGAGUGAAAAACCUCCAAUUAGCCUUGAUUAAUGCAAAGGAGGAGUCUAUUGAGUCUCAACUAUGUAAAUUGAGGUCCCAAUUUCUUGAGUUGAAUGAGAAAUACCCAGAAUUAAAAACAUUGAUCUCAUUAACAGAACAUUACCAAAUCCAAACACCGGAGAAUGAAGAAACGGCGAUAUCCGCUCUGAUAAAGGAAGAAGACAUUAGUCUAUAUCGUGACAGUAUUAUAGAUGCGCAUCCAGAUAUGGUCGAAAUAGUCAACAUGGAGCCCGAUUCGAUCAUAAAUGAUAUCAACACGCGCAUCACCGAGACGAAUCUUGCAAGUAUAUCGCAAAUGAAUUAUCUGCAAAGCCAACGGAUUAGGGAGCUCUUUAGGUAUUACACUAUGUUAUUUAUUAAAAGUAUGAUUAUAUAUGAAAAGUAUGUACAGUCAGCAAUGGAAGUCAAUAACUUUUGGCUAGAAAUGGAUCAUCGACUAGCCAAGUUGACAAAACAAAUAGAUAAAGCAGACAGAGAAAAGCAAGAGCUACACAGAUACUGA